AUGGCAAAAAACAAAGAACCUCAAAAUCUUACUCACAGCAGAACACGAGAUGAACUGGAACGAUGUCUUCCACAGAAAAGUCUUAGAAUAUUUACCGGCACCUGGAAUAUGAAUGGGAAAAAGGAUCUUCCAGACAGACUGGAUGAUUUCCUAUUUCCAUCAGGUGCCGAGUCUUUACAAGACCUGUAUGUUAUUGGGGUGCAAGAAGGCUGCCCCUACAGGCAAGAAUGGGAAAACCGUCUGCAGCUGACACUGGGUCAUCGUUAUGUCCUGCUCCACUCAGCAGCUCACGGUGUCCUGUACCUGUCGCUGUUUAUCAGACGUGAUCUUGUGUGGUUCUGCUCCGCGGUUGAAUGUGCAACCGUCACCACCAGAUUCUUCCCAAUGAUCAAGACUAAAGGGGCUCUGGCUACUUCAUUUACAUUCUUUGGAACCUCUUUCCUCUUCAUCAAUGCCCACUUUGCGGCAAGAGAUUCCAAAGUGAAAAAAAGGAUCCAGAACUACCAGAAGAUCAUCAAAGACCUGCAGCUUCCUAGAAACGUUCCUGACACAAACCCGAUUUACUCUGAUCUACAGACCAGUCGAUUUGAUGAGGUCUUCUGGUUUGGGGACUUCAAUUUCCGCUUGAGCAAGAGUCGGAGUGAAGUGGAUUCCAUCCUAGAGAACCUUCCAGACAAUGACAUGAGGACCCUCCUGCAGCACGACCAGGUGUCAGCAGAGGUGAAUAAAGGUUCUCUAUUCAAAGGAUUUAAAGAAGGCGAGAUCCAUUUCCGUCCCACAUAUAGAUUUAACAUCGGAUCUGAUGUCUAUGACACCAGUAAGAAACAGAGGACGCCGUCAUACACAGACCGAGUGAUGUACAAGAGCUGGCAUCAGGAUGACAUCCAUGCUCUUAAAUAUGGCUCUUGCCCACUUAUGAGACAAUCGGACCACAAACCUGUUUUUGGGCUAUUCAGAGUGUGGAUAAGACCCGGGUCCCAUGACAUUCCUUUGAGAGAACUUUAUUUGAUGGAACUAAAAAACAUAAAGUGAGAAGAACUGAUAGUGAUGGCAAAAAACAAAGAACCUCAAAAUUUAUAUUUUUAUAUGAAAAAUAUUUUUUUAAUAAAAGAAAUAAUAAAAAUUUACAGUUGUGCGAUCAUUG